AUGAAAUCGUCGACAUAUUUUACACCAUCACCAAUAACGGAAGAUGAAAUAAUUGGUGCUGAAAAAAUUCGGGAAAUAAUUGAUGAUAUUCCUGAUUUACUUAAUACAACAUAUUAUUUGGCACGUUGGUGGCGUGCUUAUAACGGCGAUUUGGAACGUAUUAAACGAAAUAUGAAAGAUUUAUUUGAUCAUCGACGAACAUUUGCAUAUGAUGAUAUCGAAACACAUUUAUUACAAACAAAAUUAGAAAUUCCUAAAAAAACAUUUGAACGUUUUUGCAUCUCAAAAAUAGCGUUGUAUAGAAACAUCAACAAUGUAUAUGUGUUCUUUCAACGAAUGGUUACAAAUGAUAUCGAUGAGAUAUGUCGAGUGGUACCAUUCAGUCAUGUUCUUCAUUCCUAUUUUAUAAUGCAAGAAGCAUUUACUCGAGCUCAAUUAGAGGCGGAAAAAGCAACGGGUAAACCAGCCGUUGUUGUUAGUAUUCUUGAUCUUUCGGAAAUAAAUACGACAGCUUUAUUGAAUCCGCUAAGUGUUUCCGCACAUUUUGUACGAUUGAUUGUGAAAAUAUGGGCUGAUUACUUUGUUGAAACGCAAGCGAAAUUAUUUCUUGUUAAUUCACCAGCAUUAUUAAGCAUAAUGGGACAAAUUGUUAAACUUUUGGUUGAUAAAACAACCCAAUCACGAUUACAAUUUCUAAAUCAACCAACUGAUUUAAUGAAACAUUUAAAUCCUUAUUUAGUACCAGCAAUAUAUGGUGGAGAAUGGUGUGAUAAUAGUGGAUAUGCGGAAAAACCGGAAUUAGUAUGUCAAAAACCGAUAAAAAUAGAACCGGAGCACUAUUAUAAUUGUGAUUUACUUUGGCAAAAAUAUGGUUUUCCAAAUGUUCCACCGAAAUGUUCGAAGAUAAUCAAACGAAAGCAAACAUUUGAAAUUAAAAAAAUUUGUACAACAGAUUCACAAAUAUUACUAUGGCAUUUUAUAGCAAGUACUGAUGUUGAAUUUUCGAUAGUAAAAAUUGAAAUGGAUAAUGAACAAAUCGUAUGGCCUAAAAUAACGCUUACAAGUUUACGAACACCUGAACAAGGUUCAAUUAUUUGUAAACAUAAUAGCAAAUACAUAUUACGUUUUACAAAUCCGGGUAAAUUUUUGGUACCUGUACGAUUACAAUAUGCAAUAGAAUUAUGUUCCAUUCCAUAA